UUUUAUUUUUUUCCAUCUAUGAAAGAAGAACAUAUAUAUAUAUAUAUAAUAUGCUUUUUUUUUCUUCUUUUUUUUUUCUUUUGUUUACCCUAAACAUGAAAACUGCAGUUUGAGCACUAAUGGCCGAUUAUAAUCCAGAGUUUGACAACUUGAAGAAAUUCUACAUCCCUAAUUACAUACUUGUGCUCGGUUCAGAGGGUGAGUGUCUCCCCGAUGUACCAGAAUGCCCAGUGUUAGUAUUCAUCAACUCCAAAAGUGGUGGUCAGCUCGGUGGGGAUCUUUUUAUCACAUAUAGUUCUCUUCUAAACAAAAACCAGGUUGUUGAUUUGUUGGAAGAAGCUCCUGUUGCUGUGUUGCACAGAUUGUAUCUCAAUCUAGAAAAACUCAAGCUUAGUGGUGAUGAAUUAGCUCUUAGGAUUGAGGAGAAUCUGAGAAUCAUUGUUGCAGGUAGGAAUGGCACAGCUGGCUGGCUUCUUGGAGUUGUUUCCGAUCUCAAAUUAUCUCAGCCACCACCAAUUGCUACAGUACCCUGGGAACUAGAAACAACCUUCCAUUUGCUUUUCGUUGGACAAAGAAGAAUCCUGGAACAUAUCGUCAUUCUGUAAUCUCAUUCUUGGAUCAAGUAAUGAAAGGCAAAGAAAUGAAAAUAGACAGAUGACUUUUGGCAUUGACAUGCGGAUCUUCCAUUUUUUUAUACAAAGGAUAAUUCACACUUUUGAACAGUUGGGAAGUUUUAUGUCGUCCUCUGCUUUUUGUGUGGAAUUUGCAUGAAUCGUACAUAUAAUUUUUGGCGAGGUACAUAAUACUUUUGACAUGGAACUUAUUUUUAUUGCCGUGGUAUAUAUAGAUUACCUUUUGUAGUGGCACAUAUUACCAUGAUAAUCUGUACCAUGCCAAAUGGUCAUUACAAUGCAUAGUAUAGUAAAAAUAUUUUGUGUACAGAGGACAUUGUUUUGAUAAUGUAUUUGUUAUGUAUGACGUUAUUAUUUGU